GCACGUUUUCCUGCACACAUGAUCUGCAUCCGGGUCGUGCUGCAUUCACGAACAGUCAGUAGUAGACUACAUUUACGGACAUGGACGAAAUGAGGUGGAAUCUAAGAUGUAAUUUUUCACAUUUUAGUUACUUGUAUGUGGAGUUCUUCACUCAGGACCUGUGGCACACGUUGCCCGUCUCAUGGCAGCCUGCACUGCAGAACCUGUCAUAUCCACAGGUCGCAGAGCUCUUACUCGAGCCUGCGCACGGAGACAGGAGAUAUCCUUCGGUGUGGCCCCUGUCACUCCUGGCUUUCCGUGCUACAGCCCACGCUCUGGCGUUUCCCAGAGGGUGCAGGCAGGAGCGGCGCACGAGGCCCGAGGAGUUCACGGAGAACCGGAGUCAGAGCUCGCUGCUGGGCCACAUCUUCAGGAAGCACGUCAAACCCAAGAAGCAACACGAGAUCCGCAGGCUGGGAAUGCUGGUGAAACGACUGUGUGACCAGACUGAGUGCAGCAGAGUGGUGGAUGUCGGCUCUGGACAGGGCCAUCUGACUCGUUUCCUGUCGUUUGGGCUCGGUCUGUCCGUGACUGCUAUUGAAGCUGAUGGCAGUCUGGUUGCCAUGGCGACCAGGUUUGACGAGCAGUUACUGUGGGUUUUGGAGAAAGAAAAGCAGAAGAAGAAUCCCUCAUCUGAAUUGGCAGUAUCCCAGUUUUCCCCACGCCAUGUCACCGGCUGGGUAAACCCCAAGGCAUCAUGGGAGGUCUUCAUCGAGCAGCUGAGUUCUGUGCACGGUGUCUGUGAUGGUCCCCCAUGGGGCUCUAAACAUCAGGCGUUCCAGCCUUGGGUUCCUCGUAGCCCCUCACGCCGUGACACUCGCUCACAGGAGCAGGCGAGCGCCGGGUCCACUGAGAGCUGCUGCCCGUGUGACCGGCCUGUCCUUCACGAAAGCGCACACUCUGGGGACAGGUGUCCAGACUUCGUCCUGACCGGCCUCCACGCCUGUGGGGACCUCAGCGCCACCCUCCUCCGUCACUUUGUAAAAUGCCCACAUGUGUGUGGCAUCACCUCUGUGGGGUGCUGCUACAUGAAAAUCACCACCAAAGAAAACCCCACCCCUCCAGGACUGGUUGCACCUCCUGCCCCAGCGACACCGGGCCCAGAGUCGGUUCAGGCGGAGUUCGGUUACCCCAUGAGCUCCUGGGUUCAGGGGCUGCCGGGACAUAAUCUGUCUUAUAAAGCACGUGAGGGGGCGUGUCACGCCGUGGAGGACUACAUCCAGAGGCUCAGGGAGGAGAGCGAGUUGUUGAAGACUCACUGUUACCGAGCGACGCUGGAGACCUUCAUCAGGGACACAAGGCCGGAUCUGCGCAGGGCCGGAGUCCAGACCAUAAAGAAAGCCCAUUUAUUACCCUUUACAGAGUACUGUCGCCUGGGUCUGGCUCGGGUCGGUCUAUCCCCCGAGUUGCCUCUGGACCCGGAGCGAGUGGAGGCUCUGCUGAAGCAGCAGGGCAGGGUGGUGGUGUACUUCAGCCUGGCUCUGCUGCUGGCUCCUGUGGUGGAGACGCUGAUGCUUCUGGACAGGAUGAUCUACCUGCAGGAGAACGGUGUGGAAAGUCAGCUGGUUCCGCUUUUCGACCCAAACUUUUCUCCAAGGAACUUUGUGCUUGUGGCUCUGAAGCCUCGAUAAGAGAAGAUGCAGGGAACUUCAUUAUUCAAGUCACACACUCACUCUUUAGAGGAUGUCACACAGUGUGAAGUGGUUUUAGCUGUAGCCCUUGUUUUAGGUGGGUUCUGUCACCUCCAUACAGGGGUUCAUGCCCUUUGACCUCAAACGUCAUUUUCACUGUGUCAUGGUUUAGUCGUGCAUUCACGUCUAAGGUUUUACUAUGUGGAGUACUAUGCUAUGUUUUAAAGCUCAAGCUCAUGAUGUUAAUGCUUCACUCUGUCCUGAAGCAAUAAAAACUACACUUUUA